CGCGUCGGCGAUAGUCGGCAGCACACCGUGGUGGCAGAGCGACGGGGCCAGUGCGCAUAGCGGGGACAGAGCUGCGCUGUGUUCCGAUCCGAAAGAACAGAAAGAAGGAAGCAGGAAGAGAGGAAGGAAAGGGACGGGGGGGGCGGUUUACGCAUCCCACCAUUCCCCGAGUUGCAGCAACUUCACCGGCCCGGGCUCCGCUGCUCUGUCCGGGCUGUGCCGUGCGCCGCGGACGGAGCGACCGACGGGAACUUGAGGAACUGAAAGCGGCAACGGCGCCACGCAGCUUGUGACAGUGUCGGGAAAAGUUCCCGGUGUGCAGCGUCGAGCGAGGACCUCCCGCCCACUCCGCAGCUCCCCUGGAAGAGGGAGGGAGAGAGAGAGAGAGAGAGAGAGAGUCCUGCAGCCGCUGCGGUGGAUGGAGCAACAAAGGCUGGCUGGUUGAAGUAGAAGCGCCGCGCUCUCCGCGCCUCUCCUCGCCUGCUGUUUGCCCAAAGAGUCGCGUCGGCGCACACUGCAAAUCUGCAGCCGCUUGGAUCUCUUUUUUUUUUUUGUUGUUGUUGGGGUGUGGGGGGUUCGGGGGGGGGGGAGAAACCGGGCCAGGUUCCACUUCGGACAAACUCUCCACCAGCCGGGGGGCUGGGAACGCUGCAGACGUGAAAUCGAUGCGUUUAGGCACGGCGAGGCGCACCGCCGACCCGCUAGUUUUGCGAAAGUCUGCCGCUGCUCAGCAAGGGUAGGGGACUAGUUUUUUGUUUUUUUUGGGGGGGGGGGGGCCCAGAGAGGGAUUUUGCAGAAGUUGCAUGCUCGGUCUUCGUCGCCUCGAGUGAGAGCUCCUUGUCCAUCCACUCUCGGGUUUCCAGAAGAGGACCCGGAUAGUCGAGGUGCCAUGGCGACGCGUGUGGGGACAUGGAUACUGCUGUUGGCGCUGCACAUCCAAGCUGGCAAUGGGCAGAUGGUGCAAAUGGACCCCAGCAAGUCCGGCCUCGUGGGUUCACAAGUGGAGCUGCGCUGCAUUUUCAUCAACAGCAACCCGCCAGUCAAGAUCUCUCAGGUCACCUGGCAGAAGCUCCUCAACGGGACCAAACAGAACGUGGCCAUAGCCAACCCGGCCCUGGGUGUGUCCGUCCUGUCGCCCUUCAAGGAGCGGGUCAGCUUCAAGCAGGCGGCGGUGCGCCACCGCACGCCCUCGCUGGAGGACACCACCAUCGUGUUCUCCAACCUGCAGCUGUCCGACGAAGCUGCGUACAUCUGCGAGUACACCACAUUUCCAGCGGGCAACCGGGAGAACAUGGUCAACCUCACCGUUUUUGCUCGGCCUAUGACACGCAUGUUCUUGACGACUCCCACCAUCGUGGCCAGGGCUCAGAAGCGCAAGAUGACCGUUGCCACCUGCAUGUCGGCCAAUGGCAAGCCCCCGAGCGUGAUCAAAUGGGACACCAGGUUGAAGGGCGAGGCCACCUUCCAGGAGACCCGCAACCCAAACGGCACGGUGACGGUGCGGAGCAACUACGUGGUGGUGCCGAGCCGCGAGACCCACAAACAGAAACUCACGUGCAUCGUCACCUACCGCAGCGAAAGGAUCACAGACAGCGUGGUGCUCAACGUGCAGUAUGAACCUGAUGUGAAGAUCGAGGGCUUUGAUGGAAACUGGUACUUGAACCGCCAGAAUGUUCAGCUGACCUGCAGGGCCGACGCCAACCCCCCUGUCACCAUCUACCAGUGGAAACUCUUGAAUGGCUCCCUGCCCAGCAAUGUGGAGAUCAAGAACAACACCCUGUUCUUCAAGGGGCCGGUGACCUACGACCUGGCCGGCACGUACGUCUGCGACGCGACCAAUGGCAUCGGGACCCGCACCGGCAUUGUGGACGUCAACAUCACAGAAUUCCCUAACAACCCGACACCUGGGGGCCGCGAGAUCACGCUGGAGCAGCACAAUGCAGGUGCCGCCAUCGGGGGCGCUGUGGGGGGUGUCGCCCUGUUGGGCGUGGCGGCCAUACUGCUCUUCGUAUUUCUGCGCCGCCGCCAGCGCACCUUCAAGGGCGACUACAGCACCAAGAAACACGUGUUCGGGAACGGCUACAGCAAGGCCGGCGGCCUGCCCGCCCACCCUCCCAUCCCCAAGAACCUGCAGUACCCCGACGACUCGGACGACGAGAAGAAGCCCGCGCAGAUCGGCGGCCCCGGGGGCUUUGAGGCGAGCGAGCGCGACUUUGAGGCCGAAGCCGAGGACCUGAAGAGGCCCUAUUUCACUGUGGACGAAGGAGAGAGCCGAGAUUAUGACGAGCGAACUCUGGCUUUCCAGUAUGACCCUGAACCCGAGAUAGCCGACGAUAUGAUCUCUCAAACCGACGGCUCUGUCAUUUCUAAGAAAGAGUGGUAUGUGUAGUGGCAUGCAACAGGCAAACCAAACCACCCCCCCAACCCCCUGUCCCCCACCUGCAUUCCACUGCACCCUUCAUCUCCCUUCACGAACCCGCCCUCCCAUUCGUCAAACUGCACCCGUCACAGUCCCGUCCCUUCGUCUGGUCAACCUAGUGACCCCCCCCCCCCCCCCCGACUCACCUCCUCCCACAUCGAACCCCAUCCAAUAAUCUAAAUUAGAAAAGCAAGCGUCUGCUUAAAGUGCUAGCAACACCAACCUCUCAGCACUGCAACAUUGGCAUCAGCUCCAUCAGGUGAAUGGGCAAAGAAUAAAAACUAAGGUAUGUAAAAGGACUCAUCGCCACUGACCCACGAGGCCAGGGAGCUCAUUGGUUGAUUCAUACUGGUGUAUUAUUCUUUUCUGUCUUUUGUUUUUUUUAUUCCAUGUUUUAGAUGUAUUAAAUGUAUAAAAUGAGACUGCAGGUUGAGGUUUUGCUGAGCACACUUGUGAAAGUCCUACACUGGAUGUACGAUGCGAUUUUUUAAAACUUUUAUUUGUUUUUGUUUUCUAUUACCAUUGCCUUUUUUUGUAUGGGUUUUUUUAAGAGACCAGACGAUUGAGAGUUAAUAAUAAUUUCAGGUGGAGUGUCAAGUGUUUGUAAUUGUGUGGUCAAAUGAGUCAGAGAAAGGAGCGAAAAAAAAAGAAAAGAAAAGAGAAAAAAAAAACGCCAUGCAGCACCUGUAUCAUUUGUCGUGUUUCUCACUGGGGUUGGUGUCCAUGGAAAUGAUUCACUUUUGUAUAUUUACAGCAUUAAGAGCAGAUAUGUCGUUGCUGUUUUUCCAAAGACACGCUUAGUAUUUGUUUGACCCACUGUGCGUUUUACAUGCUCGAUUGUGUGUCUUUACUGAGAGGGAGUCAGUCCACUGAGCCGUGUUGACGAAUGCAGUGACGGUUAAAUAGUGUAAAGAGUGUUUCCAGUUAUUUCCAAUCAUGUCCCACAUCAGUGAAUCAGAAUAGCAGGGGGGAGAGAGAGAAGGGCUGCAAACUCACCACGCGCAGCCGCUUCCGAAUCCCCUGCGGUGCAUUUCAAUCGCGUCCGAGGUUCGGUAAGUCUCCCGGUGAAUCCCUCAAUGACGCUCUGAAAUGUCACUUGACUUGAACAGGUCCACCUGUGUACACGAGCUCGAAAUCUUGCCACUAUAAUGAAAUGUCUGGUGGGGUUGGGUUUUUUCUUUUGUGCCAUAAUCAUGUUUGGUUCUAACCCCUUUUUUUCUUAUCAAACAUGGAAAAUGAGGAAAGUGUCUGGGGAAUUACCCAAUAAUGACUUUGUCUCUCCUUUUUAAUUGUGUGACUUUGUACCGACGGAUUGGCUUAAGCCCCCCCCCCCCCCCCCCCCCCCCCCCCCCAACUCACACCAACGGCAUUUUCCUUGGAGGAGUCUUUCGUCCAUGGACACAAAAGACACGGAUUGGAGGAAAAUGUCAACUGAGGCUUUUAUUUGCGUCUGCAGAGGAGAUUGUUGUUGUUUUUUUGACGUCUAAAGGGAAAUCGAAACACGAUGGUGACCAUGCUGGAGUAUAAUAAGUCACCUGCUGCUUUCAUGUGUUUGAUCCAAUCCAUCCCCCUUUUUUCUUUGUAAAACAAAUUUCAGUAGCUGUUUGGGGGGAUCUUAAAGGAAUAAUUAGGUUUUCCUAACCUCCUUAUUGGCAUCUGAAUCCGCCAAUAGUGAUACAAUGACCCUAUCUGGAGGCAUUACCUAUAUAUAUAUAUAUAUAUACCUGUUUUUAAACAAGUGCCAGUCUCUUCAGCAUUGAGGUCCAUUACACAAUCGGCAAAAUGAGUUUGCUUCCAACCAACAAAAAAAAAAUAUUGGAUAGAACAGAAGCAAAAGGCGUAAAUCCAUGGAUAAAAACAGCAUAACGGACUGGCUCUGAACAAUAUAAAUACUGUAUUAAGCCUUAUUUUAUGCAUGGGUUUUUUUGUGUGUGGGAGUGGAAGUGCGUAUGUUCCUAUUAUUUUUUCUGUAUCAAUUCUUGUGCGUUUGUCCUCAUUUGCAGCUCAAAAGACGGCACUUUGUCAGUGUUGUCAGUGUUCACCUAGGUAUGAGUUAAUGGGCACACAGAACUCAGCAACAAUAUUGCAGUUAACACACAGAAAAUAAAUAUAUAUGUGUACAUACAUACAUAUAUAUAUAUAUAUAUAUAUAAUACAAAAGAGAGAAGAAAAAAACCUUCUCUGUAAGAGCAGAUCUCUCUGACAGUCGGAGAUGUGAAUGUUUUACAGAACAUUGCUUGUCUACUGCUUCUUUCUUUUUUUAGAUGAGGAUGUUAAUCACGGGCCUCAAACAAUAUUGUAUUUUCAACACAAAUUACAAAAAGCGGGAGAUAUCGUGUUCUUAUUAGAGGUUGAGUGUCGUGUUCUGUUGAAUUUAGUUCGCUUUCGUUUCAACAGCUUGUUUCUUUCCUUUUUUUUUACUUCUUUUUUUUCUUUUUUAAACGUAUCCACUGCAGUUAGAGAGCGAUCCAUAAGGUUUGCCACAGAAAGCUCCAGAGGAGGGGAAACUAAUUGACAGUAGCGGGGUUUCUACUUUCAAAGUGCAAAGCAAAUCGCAGUUUUAUUGCCUGUAGUUUAUUAAUCACCUGCAGAUAAACCGCCGUGCUGCAACUUUCCUGUUCCACGUGCUUCGCAUCACAACACAGCAGAGACGGAGAUAGCCUAUACAAAGCACGUUUGUUUUUUUAUUAUUAUCUUAUACUCUUGCAUUCAGUGCCUAUCAAACUUAGUAGACAUGAGGUGUAAACAGUUGCCGCUCCAUUAUUUAAAUUAUUCAUGCCCAGAAUAACAUUAUAAAUUAUACUGAAAUAUGACAUGGACUGCAAACUACUUCAGACAACUAAUCUUUUCUCUUCUUCUUUUGCCUGCAGUGAACUUACGUUAAUGUAGCGGGGAUUUUAUUCCAUCGGGGCUCCAGCAUGAACAAUGUGUCUAUACAUGAUCUUUAAAUCAAUAGAUCUCUUAAAAGCUGCAUUCGUCACCGUGUUAAAGUUUAAUGAUGGUGAAAUGGUUACACGGCACUUCUCUUUCCCUCCCUCAUGGGUCUUAAAUCUUAAAGACAUCCGACUUUCGCGACAUUGCUGACAUUAUAUAAGCACAACAUUUGACACGAAUGCAGCCGAAAGAGAUUUGAAUUUACUUGUACAUGAAAACAAAUUUAAAAAAAAAAAGAAAAGAAAUGCAACUUUGGCCCACUGCAAAGCACAAGCUUGAGGGUUUCAUUGAACUUAUAUAUUGUUUCUGCAUCCUUCAUGAAGCCACUGCCACGCUUGCUUGUCAGACAUGUUGGACGGAGAAAAAAGACAAACAAACCUUUCAGAUUUGAGUUAACAUUCUGUAUACUAGAUGUAGACAUCUUCAUGUUGUCAGGUGUUAUGAAUUUCUAUUUUGUAAUACUGAGUGUAACUCCAUUCCAUCCUAUUCUACUUUUUUGUAUUCAGUAUGUUCAACAUUCCACUGUAAAUACUGUACAUAAGGUCGAGAUAGUCGGGAUUUAUUUAGGGAAAAGUGCAUAGGGGCCCAGUUCAUGUAAAAUAUACCAAUUUUGACUGCAAACACGGACACUCGAUGAUGGCUAGAUGAAAUCGAUACAUACGUAGCUUAUUUCCAAAGUCCCAUCUAAAAAAAUAAAAAAUAAAGAAGAAAAAAAAAAAAGCUCCUCCAGUACGUUUUUAAUAUGCCACUAGCGGCUUCACUGUCAUACAAAGGGGUGAUGCAUACAGUUUGUUGAUUUAAUGUUAUUGACAGAAAUCGAAAAAGAGAGAAAUUUGUCUGUAUGCCGCCAUGUGAAUGUAUAUUUCUGAGGGUGUUACAAAUAUGAAAAAAAAAAAAAAAUCUCUUGUUCAAUUGUGAUGACCCAGUGAAGUAACUUGUAUUUGUUUUAAGCAUUAAAUGAGUUCAAUAGUCAA